CACAACAAUUUCUUCUCGUUCCCUUUCCGAGCUAUCCAUGUCGGGAGGUUCGAGCAAUGGAUGGUUCAAUAAGGUCGCGUUUACAACGAUGUGGGGAGAAGGAGAAACGCUUAAAGAUUUUUCAAGAAAAUGUGAUGUUGAAUCCCACAAUACCAAUUCCGGUCAAAAAUACAAGUUGGGGAUCGAUACGUUCAGUGACUUGACUAAUGAAGAGUUUAAAGCAGAAAUGCUACAAAGCUACGAUGCCGAUUCCGGUCAAACAUACAAAUGGGUGAUCAAUACGUUCACUUACUUGACUAAUGAGGAGUUUAAAGCCAUGAGAAAUGGUUACAAACACCGAUCUUCCAGAAUUUCAGUCUCAUCGUUAAAAAGUUCUUUCAAAUGCGAAAUUAUGUCUUCAUUCGCCGUUACUGACACCGUGGAUUGGAGACAGAACGGAGCCCUGACUGCCGUUAAGAACCAAGGGUGUUGUUGGGCGUUCUCUGCAGUGGCAGCUGUAGAAGGGAUAGUCCAAAUCACCACUGGAGAAUUAUUCUUACCUUCGGAGCAAGAGCUGGUUGACUGUGAUACAAGUGGAAUAGACCAAGGGUGCAAAGGAGGUUUGAUGGAUGGUGCCUUUGAAUUUAUCAUUUCCAACAACGGCCUCACCACUGAAACCAACUAUCCUGAUGAAGGAAAUUGAUGGAACCUGCUGCAACACAGGGCAACAAUUAAUCUAACUCUAUUGC